AACUGUCAAAAUAAAGAUAAAUUGUGAAAAAGUUUUUGUAAUGUUUGUAUUUUUUACAAGUAUUUGUAAACAAAUAAAGCAGUGAUAGUUUUUUGAUUAUUUAUAAUCACUGAAGAUUGUAAUAUAAUUAUAGGAGAACAUUAUAUUGUUUAUAACAAUGGCCUAAUAUUGUAUAAAUAUUUAAUAUAUAUAUAUAUUAUUGAAAAACUUUUUUUGUUUUUAAAAGAGGAAAUCCAAUUAAAAUAUUAGAAAAUUUUUUAAAUUAAUUCUGAUAACGGAAGAUAUUUAACAAUGGCUCUUGUAAAUAUAGAAGGCAGUGAUCCAUGGCUUACAGAAUAUGACGCUUGUGAGAAACUAUUUCGCGAGAUAAUGGAGCAAUUAACACUGCGUGAUCGGGAACCUCGAACAUCACAAACAUUUAUCAAUUUAUCAGCAAAUAUUCGUCUUCGUUUAAGACAGUAUAGUGGUGAAGUUCAACAGCUUAAAAUAAAAGUUGAAGAAUCCUCCAAGCAAAGAAAUAUAACUGCCGAGGAAGCUGAACGUAGAACAAGACAAAUUGAACAACUACAAAGUAAAGACGUGCAAAUUCAACGACUUUUUAACGCUCGUAGCACUGACCUAGUCAUGUCGCGUACUGCUUUGUUGGCUCCAAGUUCAUCGGCUUUUGCUGAUAUCGGGACCACAAGUUGGGCAAUCGACGAAGAUGACGAUCGACCUCUGGAUGUUCAUGUGACGAUAGAAGAUAUUCAAAGUCAAAAAAAACGACUCAUGGAAGAACAAGAAAGAGGAUUAGAGGAAUUAUCAAAAGUAAUAACGAGACAAAAACAUAUUGCGCAAGCAAUACACAGUGAAGUGGAUCAACAAAAUGAAAUAAUUGACGACCUUGCAGAUCAUGUAGAUAGAACUGAUGAGCGUUUAAUUGAGGGUACGCGAACAGUGCAAAAUAUUAGUCAAAAAGACAAAACUUGUGGAUAUUGGGUGGUGAUUGUUUUACUUUUUAUAUCUAUAAUUCUCGCUACUUUCUGUUGAUUUUCGUAAAGAAUUUAGUUUUACGUAUAUCUAAGCUAAUUUUCAUUUCAUGCAAUGAUUAUAGUAUAUAUUUUAAAUUUUUACGAAUUACAAAUCUUUGAAUUUGUCAUAUAUAAUAAAGAAGUUUUAUUUUUUAAAUUCGAAA